AUGUGGUUUCCAAAUUUUCAUAUAUUCAAGUCAAAAGCGAAUAAUGAUGACGAAUCAAAAGAAUCUCUUAAUGAUAUAUCAGAAAGGUGUUUACAUGAUGUUAAAAGUUAUAACCUUGAGAGUAAUGCUUCUUUAAAUUCUAAUCUUGAUGUCGAAAAAUCAUCUGAAACCCCAAUAGAAUAUACAUUUGAAAACUUCUCUACUUUAAAGGAUUAUACACCACCAAAAUAUCCAAUAGUUUUCUGUCAUGGAUUAUCAGGGUUUGAUAAAUUAAUCCUGAUACCUUCAAUAGCCCAACUAACAAGAAUAGUUAAUUAUAGUAUCCAAAGUAAUAUGUCAGAUCAUUUUAUGGAGAAUGAUGAUCUCCAAGAAGAUAGUAUUUAUGAGAAAGGGUUUUUAGAAAUAGAAUAUUGGAUUGGAAUCAAAACAUUUUUGAAAAAAAAUGGUUGUACAGUUUUAACAGCAAAAGUUCCACCUUUUGGAAGUAUUGAAGAAAGAGGCUCAACUUUAAGUAAAUAUAUUGAUCAUGAAGUAGAAAAAUUAAAGAAAAGAAAAGCAAAACAAAGCAUACAUAUGGAAAAUCAAAAAGACCUUACUAAUGAAAAUUCAAAAAUUAAAGUGAAUUUAAUUGCUCAUUCAAUGGGUGGUAUUGAUUCAAGGUAUAUGAUAUCCAAUAUUCCAAGUAAGAAGUUUCAGGUAGCUUCAUUGACAACUAUUGCUACACCUCAUCAUGGUUCAGAAAUGGCUGACUACGUAGUUCAAUUAUUCCAUGAUCUUCAUAACGCUACUCCGUUUACAAAAAAUAAUACAGACAUCUUACCACUAUGUUUUUAUCAAUUGACUACAUAUUAUAUGAAAUAUUUUAAUAAUAUCACACCAAAUGAUCCUAAUGUUGCAUAUUAUUCAUAUGGUUGCUAUUUCAAGCCUGCAUGGUACAACGUAUUUUACCCCUCUUGGAAGAUCAUUAAUGAAUUAUCUAACGGACAAUUAAAUGACGGGAUGGUCACAGUUAAUAGUAGCAAGUGGGGACGAUAUGAAGGCACUUUGAAAGAUAUGGAUCAUUUGGAUGUGAUUAACUGGCAAAAUAACGUUCCACAAGAUAUUAGGGUCACUCUCCAAAAAAAUUCACCAGAGUCUAAUGUUGUACAAAAUCAAAAGAUUGAUACUUUACAAUUCUAUUUGAAAGUGACAUCUGACCUAGCACAGCGAGGGUUCUAG